AUGGAAGGCCCAGUGGAGCUUGAGGAAGCCCCAGGCUUGCUAGACGAGGAUCCAGGCUGGUGCGGAAGCCAGAAAAAGCAAAACAUCCGGCGUGCCCUGCUGGCUUGGUAUAGCCUCGAGCGUCGGCGUUUGCCUUGGAGAGGGGACCCACCUCCCUGGAGCGAGGACAAGGGCAUGCUAAGAUCCCAAGCUUCAAAAGCGGAACAGUGCAAACAGGGGAAGGCUUCCUCAAGCUCCAUUACAAAGUUCUUUGGGCUGAAGGCUGCUCCGCGCGAAAAGACUGGCAAGAUUGAGGUCAUCGAUCUGGAAGACCUUGAGCAUCCUGUGCAAAGCUGUCCACAAAACGCUUACGCUGUUUGGGUCUCGGAAGUUAUGCUGCAGCAGACGCAGGUUGAAGUCGUUAUCGGCUACUGGACUCGGUGGAUGGAACGUUUUCCAAGCCUACAAGCGCUGGCCGCAGCCACCGCAGAUGAGGUAAACAACGCUUGGGCAGGGUUGGGUUUCUACGGCCGCGCCAGACGUUUGCAUGAGGGUGCACGGUACGUGCUGGAGCAACAUGGAGGCGAAGUGCCGCAGAGCCGAGAAGAGUUGCUGCGCGUCCCCGGCAUUGGCCCGUACACAGCAGGUGCUAUUGCCUCGAUAGCCUUCAACCAGCCGGCUGCAGUGGUAGAUGGGAACGUUGUACGGGUCUUUGCUCGUCUCGCUGCUCUUAAAGGGCAUUCCAAGUGUCCGGCCUUGCACAAGCGGUGUUGGAAGCUUGCAGAGGAUCUUGUGGAUCCUGAGAGGCCUGCGGAUUUUAAUCAAGCGCUUAUGGAGCUGGGAGCAACGGUUUGCACACCUCUUGCCCCAGCAUGCAGUCGAUGCCCGCUGAGCGCAACCUGCAAAGCACUGAAGCUUGUGACAGCAGGCCAAGUGGGCUCUGUGACAGACUUCCCAGCGAAGCAGAGUCAGAAACCUCGUCGCCAACGCAUCCUGGCUCUGGCAGCGGUCGCAGACGCUUCCGAUUGCUGGAUGCUAGUUCGACGACCGAAAACUGGUUUGCUUGCCGGGCAGCUUGACUUUCCAUCAGUAGACGUCGCAGAUUUGGAAGGCACUGAUGAUCGCAAGGCUGCGUCAGUUCUGCGCCUGCAGAAGCUGCUGGUUGAGCUCGGCUUUCGCCAAGAGGUGACCUUGACUCCUCUCAGUGCUCAGGUUGAGCACGUCUUCUCCCACGAGCAUCAUACCAUGCAGGUCUUCCGAGGCUGCAUCGCUGGCCAUGGAGAACCGUCGGAACUUAAGCCCAACGUGUCUUGGCUCACGUUGCAACAGGCCGAAGAAGCUGGAAUUACAAGCGGACUGCAAAAGGUACUGCACGCACUACUGCCUACAUUUCCCGCAAAGAGAGCAGCAAAGCGGCAGAAACACUGA